AUGCUCAACCCCGCCACUUUCCCCCGCCCACCCGCCUGCGAGAAAACCUCCCGACACCUGACCGUGACCCUCCAGAACGGCACAAAAGUCGCCGACACGAAAGAAGCAUACUGGGUCCUCGAAACCUACCACCCUCCAACCUACUACCUCCCAGCUUCCUCCCUCCUCGUUCCGAAAUCCAAGUCCUCCGCCCGCUCCACGUACUGCGAAUGGAAAGGUUUCGCAACUUACUGGGACAUCGAAGGCGUCAAGGGGAAAGCGUGGUCGUACGAGGAUCCGAGUGAGCGGUUCAAGGCGUUGAAGGGGUACUUGAGUUUUUAUGCGGAGCCGUGGGAGUGUCAGGUUGAUGGGGAGGUAGUUGUGGCGCAGCCGGGGGAUUUUUAUGGUGGGUGGAUGACUUCCGACAUCCAGCGUGAGUCUGUGAAGGGGGCGCCGGGUACGAGGCACUGGUGA